AUUAUCCAGAUGAAUAACCAAAAUUAUGUGGAAGCCUUGAAAAUACCAAUCUACUUUUUGGUGCUGUCUGGUCACUGGCCCACUGAAACUUCGUCAUUCAAGAAUUCGAUGCGAUGUUUUCUGUCCUGGCUUAUAGAGAUUAUGUUCGAAGUGCUUCUGUUCAUGGAACUUUUCAGACAUUUGGACAAUUUAACAGCACUCACUGCUCACAUGUCCAUUCUCACUCCUCCCACAUCGUUCCUGAUCAAACUGAUUAUUUUUUCGCUAAACCGUCAAAAACUUAAGGCAAUUAUGAAGGAUCUGGACAGUGUCACCUCGUAUCCGGAACACUUGGAAAUCCACAAGACACGAGCGAUCAAAUAUUCGAAAUUUUUAGGCACGAUGUACCAAUGGAUUUGCGCCUCAGUUGUAUCGAUUUACAGCUCGAUGCCGUUUAUUUAUGGAUUUCUGCCCAUCAAGUUUUCUUACGCUCAAGGCAUAUGGAAUUAUCCGGUUUAUGUUAUUCAAGUUUUAGGUUUGUAUAACGCGGCUUGCGUAAACUCCUGCAUAGAUGUGUUAGCCUACAGUUUAAUGAGCAUAGCUGCAGCUGAAUUAGACAUUUUGAAUGGUAAAAUUAUCGAUGCAAUACCGCGUUAUCAAGUAGAUGAUGAAGACAUCAUAGGUAUAUUGUCUGAGUGCGUUAAAGACCAUGAAAAAAUUAUAACUUUUAUUUGCAAUUUGGAGAACCUUUAUUCCGAUAUAUGUUUGGCCCAAUAUUUAACUAGCAUUAUUGUUAUUUGUAAUAUCGGUUUUCAGUUAGUAAAUAUUGAAAUAGGGAGCAUUGACUUUAUUAAAUUAUUAUUAUUUUUCACUGCGAUGAUAAUUCAAUUGAGCAUUUAUUGCUGGAAUGGAAAUGAAAUAAUAUUAAAAAGUAUUGCGACGAGAGAUGCUUGUUAUAAUUCGAAUUGGAUUAAUUGCGGGCCAGGUGCAAGAAAACUUCUCUUUAUGAUAUCUGAAAGAAGUAAAAAGCCUUUAUAUCUAUCAGCCGGAAAAUUUUCAAGACUAUCCCUAACUACUUUUACUUCGGUAAUUAACACUUCAUACACCUAUUUUAACUUGAUGAAUACCACCAAUAAGCAAUAAAAUAUAAUCAGUUAUAAUACAAUAUUGCACUAAUUACAAUUAUAAUUGUUUUUACUUCACCUAUUUAGA